AUUAAUCGAUCGACGACAGACCAAUACCGAAACGCAUAAAAUUAUUGUCUUUGCAAGAAUACGAUAAAAACACACACACAUAUAUAAAACAUACGUCACGCGUUCAUAGCAAUCUCCACGACGAUCGCAAUAUUCCAAAUGGCAAUAACUAUCUUAUUAGAAAGUUUAGAAAUUUAGUCAUUCGCUGUCUUCUUUCGUUGUCGCGUAAGAAUUUUCUCCAUAAAUUUUCUUAGAACAUAGUCCAUCGAUUCGUUCUAUUUGAGAAACAGUCCGAUUCGUUCAAUUUAAGUAAUAGGAAAGACAAAAAUGAGACUUUUUGUACGAUUAGCGAUACUCGUUUUUCUUUUUCUUCUUUUUCCUUCGAAAAUCAUAAGAUCUUACGAAUAUUUUCCUAUCGGUGACGAACACGUUCCAUUUAUCAUCGACAUAUGCAAAUUAUACGGAACGAAAUCAACAAUUUUCUUAUACUCCGAAUCAGCGAAAGGUGCUAUCAUAAUAUUUUUAAUUUUCACUUUUUCAUUUAAAUCAUUAUAUUUCUCUUUUUCUUUAGAAAUGGAAAUGAAAACGAUAAUUUUUAAAUGGACGCGUGCCCUUUCUCGUGAAGGAUUUACAUCCACGAACUUGUACUUUUCUCAAUUGCAUAAAUCAUUGUACUAUGUAGAUCGAAUCGUACGACCGCAUUAUAUCGCUCUGAUUUCAAAUUACAAUGCGAUUAAUGAGUUCUCUUUAGCAACCAGUACAUUUGACAUGUCUUAUGGUGUUUGGCUAGUGUUAUUCAUUUACAAGGGACACGGCUCCAAUUAUUGUCACAGUCCACCAAGUAAUAUAUUUCAUUUAAGAUUCAACUCGAAAAUGUUAGUCAGCUGCGGUAUGGAAAAUAUUUUACGAGAGUGGUAUUCGAUUGAUACGAAUCAAACCGAAAUCAACGAUUUAGCAACGUGGAGCUUAGAGAAAGGAAUAAUUAAAAUUGCGCCAAAUUCUCUUUACGAGAGAAGACGUAAUUUGCAAGGUUUGAUAAUGAGAGCUGUUACAGUCAAGGAUUCAUCGUUCAUAAACAUAAACGAAGAUGACGAAUUAGAUGGGAUAUUUGGUAGAAUAUUGACAGAACUUUGUUUGACUCUUAAUUUUAGUUUGAACAUUGUCUCGGAAGUAGAAGAAUAUGGAAGUUGGAAUGCAAAAGAAAAAACUUGGUCCGGAGCAGUGGGAGAAUUAUAUGCUGAACGUGCUGACAUUUCUAUUUCAGAUUUUUCUAUUACCAAUGCCAGAUUGAAUGCUGUUGACUUCACGCUUCCUCUUUUGCUUACAAAAAAAUGUCUUUACAUUCGCGAACCACAAAUAUUUGCGAUUAAAUGGUCAUCUUUUUUUUUAGCAUUCUCCCAUUCUAUUUGGAUUGCUAUAUUGGUGAUAUUAAUUGUUGGAUCGAUUUUACUGGUUCUUUUGAAAAUAAAGAAUAAAACGGAUCGUAAUAUAGGACAUUUGUUGUCUGACAAUUUUCUGGAAAUUUGGGGUAUAUUUUGUCAACAGGGACUGGCAGAUUUUCCUGAUAGAUCUUCGUUAAGAAUAGCAUAUUUUUCUAUGAUUCUUUUGGCUGUCGUAUUAUCGGCUGCCUAUUCUGCGGCUUUGAUAAGCUUUUUAACAUCUGGUACGACCGUAUUACCUUUUCGUUCGUUAAAGGGUUUCGUUGAAGACGGUACUUAUCAAUUAUCUGUUUUUCGUGGUUCUGCGGAUUAUGAUAUGUUUGCAUAUUCGCAACAUCCGUUUGAAAAGAAAUUGAUGAAGUUGAUGAUAGAAAAAAAAAAAUUGACAUCAAAUAUAGUGGAAGGAUUCAAAAAAGUUUGUGAUAAUGGGAAACUAGCAAUUUACACGUCUGAAGAAGUACAGAAAAUAACAAAUCUUAAAAUAACAUGUAACUUAGUUGCUAUCGAUACAGGACGCGUAGACAAUUUAGCCAUGAUUUUAUCUAAAAACAAUCCAUUCACAGACGUUAUCAAUUUUCACUUGCAGAAAUUUAUUGACAAUGGAAUGAUAAAUCGUUUAAAGGAUACGACAUUUAAGAAGAAAUUGAAUGAUGUGAUGAAGCAUAAACCGGUUCGCAUAAACAAUGUUAUGUCGCUUAUUUUCUUCAUCCAAACUGGUAUCAUUUUGAGUACAUUUAUUCUAAUCAUAGAAAAGUGUAUAUUUUCCUCUAAGAUGAAGAAGAUGUCAAUAGUAGAUCGUACCCCUUCAAUUAAAUCGUCAGAAGUUUAUGUAAAAGAGAAGAGAAGUAUAAAAAAUGUCGCAAAAGAUCACGGGAACCGGAAACGACAACGUUAAUGUUCGUUUUCAACGAAUUGUUCUUUUUGCUUGUAAUUUUCGAAUAUGACACAUAUUCUUAAUUGGUUAUAAGAAUUAUCUACGAUAAUCUCGCGUAUGCGCAUAUGAAGAAAGAUUAGAUUAGAUUUACAGCGUUUGUAGGUAGUAAAUCAUUUUGUCAAAUAAUUGCCUCGUUCAUAUUAACCGGUUGAUGUUAAAUUAUUUUAAUGAUUUCAACAUUUUAUUUUAAGGUAUUGCAUUUUGCUAUGUAUCGUAUGUAGAAUAAUAUAAAUGUGUAAGGUAUGUAUGUAGAUAUACAAAUGUAGAUAGAAAUAUAUCCACACGUUGAAGAAAAAACAAAUAAAAAAACAAAGAAAAAAAAAUGUAAAAGAAGAAAAAGAGGAGAAUGAUAAAAACGUUUAUUAAAUGAUCGAUAAAAAAUCAAUGCCAGCACUCAUAAAUUAAUUUUUUUUCAAUAUACGUCGCGUGCAUUCAGAUCAUCACGACAAUCAGUAUAAUCGAAGAGACCAUAAAUCUCUUAAAAGUUUAGAAAUUUAGUCUCGUGUGAUCUUCGUUCGCUGUCGCGUAAAAAUUUUCCCCAUGAACAUUUUAACAGCGUAGUCGUGAAUUUGUACUAUGUGAGGAAUGGUCCUUUUUAUAAAUUCAUUAAUCGAUAUAAGAAAAAAAAUGACGUUUUUCGUACGAUUAACGAUACUCGUUCUUCUUUUUCUUCUUCUUUUUCCGAAGAUCGCAAGAUCGAACGAAUUAAUUUCUGUCGGUGAGGAAUACGUUCCUUUGAUCAUCGAAGUUUGCAAGU